GUCUAGUGGCACCAAGGCCACUUAGAGAUGAAUGAGUCUGCUACAGCCGUAGCUACCAGCCAGCUGGCUUUCGCCUCCUGCGGUAGAGGCUCCGGCACUAAGCUUCAGAGGUCCCAGGUUCAAUCCCGCCCGCCAACUACCGGGGUCUGCCAGCCUUACGCUGGGUUUGCGCCGGGCGCUGGGAUGGGAGUGUCGCAGGCCAGGUUUGCCCCGGGCGCCAGGACAUCGCAGGCCGGGUUUGCCCCGGGCACUGGAACGGGGAUGUCGCAGGCUGGGUUCGCACCAGGCGCCGGGAUGUCGCAGGCCGGGUUUGCCCUGGGCGCUGGGACGGGGACGUCGCAGGCUGGGUUUGCGCCGGGCGCUGGGACGUCGCAGGCCGGGUUUGCGCCGGGCGCUGGGACGUCGCAGGCCGGGUUUGCGCCGGGCGCUGGGAUGUCGCAGGCCGGGUUUGCCCUGGGCGCUGGGACGGGGGCAUCACAGGCUGGCUUUGCACCGGGAUGUCGCAGGCCGGCUUUGCCCCAGCGCCGGGACGGGGGCGUUGUGGGCUCGGGGAGCGCUGGGAGCUGGCGGUGGCAGUCCCUCGGCUAGGGAGACGUAGCGCUCAGAGCCUCGCCCGGGGGAGGUGUCAGAAUCAGCAAUGGCCCCGUGCUCGCGGCCCAUCCCCUCACCGGGGGGAGGCAGGACCCCCACGCAGGCCCCGGCUGCCCGGCGUGCGUGAAAUUGGGCGGGGGGUGUGUGUUAAUUUGGACUGAGCCUCUGGAGUCGUGGCAGGGGGAGGCGUCUUCUCCCUCCUGGCCCUUCGGCUGCAGCCUGGGGGCCAGCUGGGUGCAGCGUUUCCGCAGCGCCUGCUGCCGGCGGGGUUUGCUCUGAGGUUUCACGCCCAGGCUCCUGGCGAAGGCAGCAGGAAUUCCCCCCCUCCCCGAGCUGCAGGCGCUUGCGGCUAAACCGAUCCGGUGCCGCAGCUGGGCGGCCCUCGCCUGCAGCAGAGGAUGACUCAGGGCUCGAGCAGCGGCCGCUCCGGGGUCCCCGGCUCCAUCCCCCGCACUCGGGCAUUUCUACUCGGAGCAGCGGCCGACGCCCAGGGCCCCGGCUCGGCCAGAGCCUGAGCACCAGCGUGGCAGCCUGUGCCAGCCGAGCCGAGCCAGGCCAGGCCAGGCUUUUGCAGGGCCAGAUUUCACAGCAGCGCAGCUCCCGGCUGACUGCAUCGAAGGAGUUUUGUCUGCUGUCCCGGGAGCUUGAAAUUCGGGCCUUUAACUGCUGGGCCCGGCCGGUCCUGACUCUGCACCGGGGUUUCGAACGGUCUCUGCUGCAGCACAGGGGGGCGGCCAGGCCGGGGACUCGGGUUCGCUUCCUGACUCGAGGCGGGAAGCGGCCGAACUCCUGGGCUGCAGCCGAGCGUGUGCCAAGGCCCGGCCCGGCUCGGGGUCCCUGGCGGGGUCAUGGAGUUUACGCCGCCCCACCUCGGGGGUGUGUGUG